ACGGCCCGACGAUGCUCACGGUAAAGUUCGAAGCUAUAGUUCUGCGCUUACUUAGUAGCCUCCUGCUCCUUUCCUUGACUGCAUCCAAAGACGAGAAAUUUGAUGUCUGCGAAGAAAGAACGGGAAUCGCUCAGAAGGCAAAGGCAACGCAGGUAGGAGCGAAGAUGGUGGACAAGUGUUUCCUGCCUGUUGCAGGCACUUACAAGUUCUCUCCCAAGAUGUUCCAAAGGGCAGCAUACAAAAUGUGCCUCGUCUUUCGUCUCUGCUGGCACAAAUAUAUUCCAUUGAAGAUAUCAAAGGGUUCUGAUGCGUUCCGGGAAGCAGUAUACGUAUGCAUUGGGAAUAUGUCGGCACUACUCACCUCUCGACUGAACCCGGACUGGAUAGAAACUCCGGCUGACAUAGAUCCCAGUGGCCUCUAUUACGACGGCGUUAAAUGUGCCAGGAAACACAAGAUCUUCACUGACGACACAGCUGUUGCGCUAUUUGCAAUAAAAUGGGUGCGGGAUACGCUAUUUUAGACGACAGCAGCAAGACUGAUUCAGUUGUAUAAUGAACGUGCAAUAAUA